GCUGGCGCUUUGAAGGCAGAAAUCUGAUAAAGAAGUCUAAUUUUGCGGGGACCUCAAUCUGCUCGUGACACCGCGUUCCGCAUCCUCUCGGCCACCACUCCUCCAAGCAACAACACCCACGCCCGACGCUGCCGAAUGCCUUCUCUAGCCGCCGCAGUCACCCGUUCGAGUGCCUGGAGAAGUGUCGCGUAACAGUCUGUCUGCAUCUUGAGCAGGCGCGCAGCCACCUCACCACCUAUGCACGGGUACGAGGCCUACGCGCUACGAUGGACUCGGAGAAUGGUCAGGCGUUCGUAAAGAAUCUCGCCAGCUUCGUCCGUACGCACGAGCGAGCACUGGCAAAUGCGCUGCAGCAGAAGACGGCCGGCAGAGAUGGCCAACCGCAAGCCACCGCCGGCGCAUCCAGCAGCACCGCCUUGUCCGACGCGCUCGCCCCUCGCUCCUACAUGCCCUUCUCCUCUUCCAAGAAGAUCCGACACGAGAAACUCUCCUUGACACCACACCACCUGUUCUACCUGCUGAGCAAGUUCGAAGAGCUAGGCGUGGACGUGGGCCCGAUGAAUGUGCGCCUCGAGAAUCUGCAGAACGAUCACAGCCAUUCCAACUAUGUCUCCUUCCUCAACGCGCCCAAGAAUAAGGGCAAGCAAGCCGAUGCGGAAUCGCUACGCUCCGUCUCCAGCAUGCGGAGUGUCAUGUCCAGCAUGUCCUCUUUCUGGUCCGGCUUCACCAUGUCGAGCAAUGCCGCGAGGAUCGAGAAGCAGAUGACCCAGAAUCGCGACGACGUCAAAUAUCUCUACGCCUCCUUCACCAAGAUCCCGGCGCUGCGGCUGGCGCCGGAUCAUCGCGCGAGGCUGAUCGCCGGCUUUGAGGAGUUCCCCUUUGACAUGGCGGUCCCGCUGUUCGCUUUCAAGAACGUUAGCUCCCUUGAGAUCUCCGAUGUCGACUUCCGGCAAUUUCACGGCUGGGACCGCAUGUCGGAACAGCUGCGGGUGUUGGUCGUAAGACGGGCCAACGUCGAUGACCCCAUAGACUUGCUCCUGCAUAUCGUCCUGGAUGACAUGGAGAGGCGUAGGAAACGAUCUUCCAAGAUCAGCCUCCCGCAAACCCCCUCCACUCCCGGCGCGCCCUGGCCUUCGAACAGUCCCAAAACACGCCAGAUUGAAAUUGCGAGGACCGCAUCGGCGCCUAAUACCCCGCUUAUCGACACGAAGGAUGGUGCGUAUGGGACGAGUCUAGAUCGUAACGACUCCGCACAUCCGAGUCGGCCACCGUUACGGCAGCACCGAGAACGAAGUGUGUCGCCAGGACGGCCGACUAGUGGACGACAGAACUCCUUGGCAACACAUGCCCGUCACGCUUCCUUCAAAUUCCGAACGUCGUCGGGCAGCUCGGAAUCUAGCGCACAGGCUAUGACGCCGAGAUACAGCACUUCAGACUUGUCACUCGGCAUCCUGCCGUCUUCAAAGUGGCGGUUUCUGCGCUUCCUCAGCCUGGCCGAAAACGGGCUCCACAUCCUGACUCCGGCAAGUCUGGCUCCCGUCGCGGCUACACUGUAUUCCCUCGACUUGUCCAGCAACCUCUUCUCGGAAGUGCCUGAUGCCUUGGCCUCACUCACCAACCUUCACCAGCUGAACUUGAGCAAUUGCAUGAUCGAAAGUCUGCAAUCCCUCUCCCGCCAUCCGCUCCCUGCCAUUACCACCCUGAACCUCCGCUCAAACCGACUGUCCAGCUUGUCCGGCAUCGAGCGAACAAUUUCACUGGAAAGAGUCGACUUUCGCGACAAUCGUCUGAGAGAUCCCACCGAACUCGCCCGUUUGACGGGCUUUCCAGAUAUCGCCGAAGUGUAUGUCGUCAAGAAUCCGUUCGUGAGGACACACGGCAGUUACCGCAUCACCAUCUUCAAUUUGUUCAGGAAGACGCCAGGUAACGUUCGAGACGUCAUCAUCGAUUCUUUGGGCCCAUCGUAUAAUGAGAAGAAGUAUCUGGUGGACCGGGCUCCGGAACCAGUGAGCGUGCCCGUAGUCAAGCCUCCAUUGGACGACGAAGAGCCAUCGCAGCAGCAAGCGGGAACGAGCGACAAUCGGGCAGAGUACGCGGUCGAGCAGGAUGAUGCUGCCGGCCCCGAAGAACCAAAUCAUCGAGAGGGCCACCGUCGGACUACCAGCGAAGGGGAAGCACAGUUGACCAGGCGGAAGAAGAAAGUCCCACGACGAAGGAUGAUAGAAUUGUCCACGCCCGAGUCAACCAAAAGCCCGAAAGCGCAGAAGUCUCUUCCUGAUCUCGCCGAAGCAGCGGCGCCCAGAACCCCGCCCACCGAUACCGAUCAGCCAUCCACGCCGGAGCAGACGCCAUACCACACCGCGCCGACGCAGCGCCACGCGCUGUUGAACGCGACAUCGCCGCCCAAACGACCGACGCUGGCCACUGCGUUCGAAUCGCCAACCCCCGUGCCCAAAAUCCGCAAUCAAUCCGACGACGACGAUGAUCCGUCCGUCUCGCCGCAGGAUCUCGGGCACUCGGAUUUCUACCGGCAGAAGAUCGAGUCGUUGAAGACGGAGCUCGGACCGAGCUGGCUGUCGGCGCUGCAUGGCAAGGUCGAUGCGGAGCAGCAAGCGCCGCCGCCGCCGCCUCCGCCUCCGCCUCCACCGCAGUCCAACCGCCGGAGCUUUAGUCCGUCUUCUCGCACGUCUACCAUCAAGGCCGAUGGCAGGUCCGCUCGUGGAGCGGGCAAGGCUGGACGCACGUUGGGAUGA